AUGUGUAACGAUAAGACAGCCCAACUAAUCGGUCCAUGCCGCCCAGUAUGCGAAGCCGUUCGUGGCAGCUGCCUCCAAUACCUCCGCGAUUUCGGCUUCGACUGGCCCCCAAAUAUGAACUGCUCGCUGUUGCCGAAAGUUAACAACGCGGAAACGAUGUGCAUGCCGGGCCCGGGCACCCAAUGGGCAUCUACCGAACCCCCGGAGGAGGAGACCCAGAAACCGACCCAACCCGUUCCCCUGACCAUCCCCGGCUCGUCGAACGAAUGCUCCCCCGGCCAUUUCUACUUCAACCGCACCGGCGUCUGCGUGCCGCUCUGCAACCUCAACCACGGCCUCGCCCAGACGGACCGCCACUCGGCUACAACUUACCUGGCGGCGUUGUGCGGAUUGUCGGUGUUGUUCACGUUCUCAUCGAUCCUGUUCUUCCUCUUCCGCCCGCACGUCUUGCCCACGUUCCCGGAGAAGAGCCUCCUCUGGAGCGCGACCGCCUUCAUGUUCUCGUCGAUCAUCUACGUGUUCAGCAUGUUGUACAGGGAGGAGGUGUCCUGUACGCUCUACGCCGGCCAGGUGCUGUCCGUCGUCUCGGCGUUGCCCCACGUACCGUGUACGGCCGUGGCGGCUGCGUUGUUUUAUCUAGGAACAGCCGGUCGUCUCUGGUGGUUCGUGAUGUGCCUCGCCUGGAAAGAGCACACCCUCCAGACCGCCAGUAUUGAUAAAUACCGUCGUCAAGUGGUCCUCGUCACAUGGGCCCUCCCUUUAGCCGUGGUCAUGUUGGCCCUAAUGGCCCGAAGUAUCCAAGCGGAUCCGCUGGCCGGGGUUUGCCUCGUCGGGGCGGCUAGCCAGGUCCUGGAAGGGGUCUUUCCGGUUUUCCGGGAAUGCGUCCUGUUCCUCGUGGUCUUCGUUCCACUAUGCGCGGGUUGCUGCUCCUUGGUGGGUUAUUUA